AUGCCCUCAGCAGAACAGAAGGAGAAGUGGCUCUCACUCCUCAAAAGUCGGAUUAAAGAAGAGAAAGAGAAGGAAGAACCUAAAACUAUUCCUCUGAGAGUGUACGGGAAGGGAAUCAAUACUUUUGCUGUUACCAAGACACUCCCGGUCAGCAACUCAGAUUCAACCAAUGAGGUGAUCCGAUUGGCCCUGCAGCAGUUCAGCAUCAUCGGGAACGUGAAAGACUACCAGCUGUGGGUCAUCUCCAAGAGGGACAACACCCCCUAUCCUCUGAUCGGUCACGAGUUCCCCUUCAGCAUCCAGAUGAGUCACGUGAGACACACGAUGUCUCAGGGCGGCGGCAGGGACGCGGACCGCCAGAGGGCCAUGCAGGCGGAGCAGAUGCAGGUGUACAAGCAGUGUCAGUUCAUCAUGAAGCCGCGACCCGCUGAGACGCUGCAUGUGUCUGCAGAGUGGUGUCAGAAGUCAUUUAAAAGGAGGCGUUCCCUCAUCACCUGGGCCUUCUGGCGAGGCUCCGCCUCUCACCUGAAUGAACUGUCCCUUGCUGGGACACCCAGCGGCUGCCUGUUCGGACAGCCGCUCCGCUCUGUGUGCGUCGAGGGACGCUCUGCCAAAGCCAGUGAUGAAAAAGUGCAAACAAAAGUUCUGUCCGGAUGCAGCGGCAGCUCGUGUGUCACAGCUGUGAUGUCACCGUACAGUCUGCAGAUGCCGCCCCGCCCCGUGGCGAGGUCUCGGGGGACAGCGCGUCCGGGACGUUCGGAGUCAGGAGUUGGCCCCGGUGCGUGGCCCUCUGAUGAUGUGGAUCUUUGCUUCAUCGUCCAGCUCCUCCAGGAUCCGCUCCUGUUUGACGGACAGGAUGGUGUAACUGACUGGACGCUGCAGGUCAAAGGAAACCACGAGGACACUCAGAGGACAUCGUGUCCACCUCGCUGGGUGUUUAUGUGUUAA